AAGUUUAGCUUGUAAGAAAUUAGAUAAAAAUAAGAGAGAGAUAUUUGUUUAAUGGCUAAAACGCCAAGUUCAUUGAAGGUCCUUAUGAUGAUGCUUUUCUCAUUCUUGGCUCUUUUCAUAAUCUCCCAUGCUCGAGUUGUUUUUACUGAUACGCCGUCUAAUUCGUACGCUCCACCUAUUUACGCUCCUGUUCCUAAGAAAUGUCUCGAGCCACCUUAUUGCCGCGGUCCUCCCGGAGAGUCUCAAUUUGGUUACAAUGAAAGAAACUAUUAUCAAAUUAAUUAAUUAAGGUGAUAUAUAUGGGCUACUCUUCAUAUAUUGUUCAUCAUUUUCUGGAGAAUGAAAAGUUUAUGAGAUC